AUGUCGCGCUUGCAGGUCACAGCAAGCCGAUGGCUGUUCGGGAUGAACAGCCACCGGGAAAUUCCCGCCACCAUCUCUAUUGUAAGCAACGAUGCCGUACUCUGCGGUGUCUCCCGCAAGAUGUAUGGCAAGUACCGCAAAGAGCUCAGUGAGUUCGCUAAGCAGGAAGCCAAGUUAGCCAAGAAAGAAGCCAAGAGACUUCAGAAAAUUGACCCCACAGGCUUGAGGCCACGACGCAACUGGCUACGGCGGUGGGCGGCGAGCGGGCGCCACGGCGGCUGGAAGUUCUUCACAAACUUCGUCAGGAAAGGCGACUGGGCCUUCCUUCUCUCCCUCGGCAUGACCGUUGCGUGUAUUUCUCUCUUCAUGGAUAUGGGCAUAGCGACCUGCAAUAAAGCGCAGCUGUGGGCGUACAGCGAGCUGACGACGGGGGUCUUCCAGAAAUAUAUCGCAUGGGUCACCCUGCCUGUCAUGCUGGUGCUCUUCUCUGCAUCCUUUACACAGUUCGUCGCGCCUCAGGCUAUCGGGUCCGGGAUCCCUGAGAUGAAGACCAUAAUGAGGGGCGUGGUCCUCAAGGAGUACCUCACAUGGCGGACACUCGUUGCCAAACUCGUCGGCCUCACCGCCACUCUCGGGUCCGGUCUGCCACUCGGCAAAGUGGGUCCGUUCGUGCACAUUGCGAGCAUGGUAGCGACGCAGCUCCGGAGCGUGUUCUCUUCUCUCCAGGGCGUGAGCCUAAAUGAGUCCCGCAAGACAGAGAUGCUGGCAGCGGCCGCGGCCGUGGGAGUCGCCAGCGCCUUCUCUGCUCCUAUAGGAGGCGUGCUUUUCAGCAUCGAGGUCACGGCGGAAUACUUCGCCGUGCGCAACUACUGGCGGGGCUUCUUCGCCGCCGUGUGCGGGUCGGUCAUGUUCCGCCUUCUUGCCGUAUUCUACUACGGACAAGAAACGUUCACGGCUUUGUUCAAGACGAACUUCAAAUCAGAUUUCCCAUUCGACCUGAAGGAAAUCUUUGCGUACAUGUUCCUUGGUCUGGUCUGCGGUCUGCUAGGGGCGCUGUUUGUAUUCGUGCACCGAAAUUACGUGCUCUUCAUGCGGCGCAACAAGAAAGUCAAGAAUUUCCUGCAGAAAUACCGCCUGAUGUACCCGUGCCUGGUGACGCUGGUCUACUCUUCUCUCACCUUCCCCCUCGGGUACGGGCAGUUCGUGGCUGGGGAGCUGUCCACCCCCCGCCAGGUUAUGGAUUUAUUCAGCAACUUCUCGUGGGUGAGCGAGCAGCACAGCCCCGAGCAGUUCGAGAUCGUCCAGCACUGGAGGACGCCAUGGACCGGCAUAUUCGUCAACCUCGUACUGUACUCCGUCUUUAUAUUUUUCUGGUUGGUGGUAGCGAGCACGCUACCCAUCCCUGCGGGCGUCACUAUUCCAUUCCUGAAGAUCGGCGCUGCAAUAGGACGGAUUCUGGGCGAGUUCAUGGCCUAUGUUAAUCCUACAGGCAUCGGUUCUGGUGCCCUCGUGCACUCCGUAAUCCCAGGCGCGUACUCGGUGGCAGGAGCAGCGGCCUUUGCCGGCGCGACGACGCACACCAUCUCCACGUCAGUGAUCCUCUUCGAGCUCACGGGACAGAUCACGCACCUAGCGCCCGUCAUGAUAGCAGUGCUAACUGCCAAUGCUGUAGCAAUUUUGCUUCAACCCUCAAUUUACGACUCUAUCAUUCUUAUCAAAAACCUGCCCUACCUGCCCGAAAUUCUAACAUCUGCAUCAGACGCCUACGACAUUUUCGUUGAACGCUUCAUGGUCAGGAAGGUGAAGUAUAUCUACCACGGCAUCACCUACAAACAACUCAAAGACACGCUGCUUGCUUCCGGCAAAAUAAGCUCACUGCCGCUCGUUGAUUCGCCGACAUCGAUGAUUCUGCUUGGGUCCAUCCAGCGAGACGCUCUCAUCUCGCUACUGCAAGCUAAACUGGAGCAGUGUAGGGACACUGGACAGUUCUCCGCUGCCUGGAAACUGGCCAUUAAGAAAGCACAGGAAGCUCAACCUUCUAGAAAAACCUCAAUCAAGAACGUUUUUGACUUCACCUCGCGGUCUUCAUCGACUCUAAAUAAACUUAAGAAUGUUCCCAGAAUGCGACGAAGAUCAAGCAGUCUCGAGGACCUGCGGGUGUUGCGCAAAUCCAUCAAGUCCCGACCACUGAACUCUGGGCUUUCGGCGCAGCUGGAAAAAGUUACAAACGCUUCCUCCGUUCCGUCGACCGAUACCCUGACGAGUACGAGUCCCAGGCUACAGUCGCUCAAGUCUCUUUCGUCAAGUUCUCUCAAAAGUCUAAUGCCUGAGUGCGUUAGAAAUAGCGCGUCUGAAAACUCUGUGGAGCACCGAUUGAAGUCAAAAUCGAUGGCUGAGGUGGAAAACGACUCGACCAUAGCACUAAGCGGCUCCCCGUCGACCAUUAGCCCUCAUCAGAUGGCCACCGAGCACGCGGCUCCAGGAAUCAAAGAAACUUUUUCCCUGCCAAAUUUAGCUAAAAUUUCACCGCCUGACCAGCCUAUACAACCCGAUGAACCGAAGUCCGAACUUACCCAAAGAUCUACAGGAGGCAGUCAUGGUUCAUCGGUUCACCAAGAUGAUAAGAAACCUGAGCUUGUAAGGAAAAAUUCAAGAUUCGCGGUCACUAGAGUUUUGUCACCCAUUGACACGUCAUCUGGUGCUGCCAAUGAAACGGAAUAUGCAUCCGGAGUUUCGGACGCACCAGCUUUUUCGAUUGGUGUACCUUCAGUAAACCCGGAGAAAAAAUUGGAUCCAGAAGCAGACAUAGCAACAACAAUUGAUAAUCUACUUGAGGAGGCUCAUAAAAAAGCUCAAGCAGUAGACACGAACUUCUCUAAAGCUCCCACGAAUCUUGAAAACUCACCGACUGACAAAGAUGGAAACUUGGCGGCGCAUCACAAUGGGAGCGCAACUCACUCUACGCCUGGCACCGGAUCCUGUGUAGUUACUGUUAGUAACGAGGAGCAUUCUCAAGAAAACCGCCAUCAACGAAGAAAAAAAAAUUCCGAGCGCUCGAUGCAGCCACGCAGGAGCAUUCUCAAGAAAACCGCCAUCAACGCCCGGGAAUCCGAUGAUCAUUCAUCGAAUUCCACCUUGCAGCGGGGGCCUACCUACGCUACUUACCACGGUGACACUUCCAAAAACUGGCGCACGGCUGUGGAUGCUCUUCGGAGAAAAAUGAUGCCCAACGACACGCCCACUGGCAGUAUUAAAUCUAACUUGUCUCUGCGCUGGAAGCAGGUGAUGGAACAGUCGGCGCUGGAGCAGUCAAAGUUCGAGGAGAAAGUUUACAAGGAGACCGUGGAUUUUUCCACCUGUCCCAUAGACCCCUCACCGUUCCAGCUGGUCGAGAGUACCUCACUCAUUAAGGUUCACUCGCUGUUCUCGCUGCUUGGACAAAAUCACGCCUACGUCACGGUGCUCGGGCGGCUCAUCGGCGUCGUCGCGCUCAAGGAAUUACGCGCAGCCAUCGAAGCCAUCAACAACGGCACCCCGCAGCCCAACGACGACGUCGGUCCCGACGAAGGCGUCGACGUAAACGACGAAGAAAGCAACGUUGCGCUCAUGGCACAGAAUCUGAGGCUUGGGAAAACUGAGGGUUACUCCGAACAUGACACAGGGAAUCGGCGGUAG